AAAAGGUGGUCUCUGUUUCUCUCUCACAAGAACAAGAUCCUUCUUGUGGACCUUCACAAAAGGGGUUUCGGAUUCUUUUAUCUUUUCUCUAGUGAACACUCCUUCUUCUUCCUCAGCUGCUGUCCGGGAAUCUUCUGCUUCAUUCUGCUGUGCUAUUAAAGGUAGCCAGGAACGGGGCGGGAUGGACGUCUCAUCCAGCCGAUGGCUUUCUGAAAUGGCGAUGGAGGAAGCACCGGCUUUCCAUCUGGAAGACUUCAUGGUGGGGCAGAUCGCAGCGUUGGCAGGCGAUUUUCAGCAGGAGCAGAGCUACUCUUCCUCUUUCCCGAUGGCCGCGACCACCUUCUCCGCCAACGACGCCUUCGGGUGCCGGGAGGCGGCCUCUAGACCGGCCAAAAUGGCGAAGACCGACCACGGAUGGGACUACCCGUGCCUGGAUGCGUCUCCUCAGAAGCAUCAGGCGGCUCAGAUGCUGUCCUUCUACAGCAAGCCCUAUCUUCAUCAAGAGACCAACACCACGUUUGGUGGUGGUGGUGGUUUUGUUAGGGGGAAAGGGGAGGUGCAGGAGGCCUUGUCCAUGAACUCAGAGGUUUUGACCUCUCGGCCUUCGUUCUCUGAUGGGCAGCACCAGACCUGCCGCUCCUCCUCCUCAGCGAACCAUGGCACAAAGAGGGAUUACGUUCCUACUGCUGCUGCUGCUGCUGCUGUUGGUUCCACCGGUGGUCGGACAGGGGGUGGCAGGCCGCCGGCUCAGAUGCAAGAUCACAUCAUUGCAGAGCGAAAACGGAGGGAGAAGCUCAGCCAAAGGUUCAUUGCUCUCUCGGCUGUCGUGCCCGGCCUCAAAAAGAUGGACAAGGCUUCGGUUCUGGGGGAUGCCAUAAAGUAUGUGAAGCAGUUGCAGGAGCAAGUGAAGGCCCUAGAGGACAAAUCCCGGAAGAAGACGGUGGAGUCGGUGGUGCUGGUAAAGAGGUCCGUCCUCACCUCCGACGACGACGCCUCCUCUUCCGACGAGAACUUCGACGGCACCAACCGGGGGGACGCCGACGUAACGCUGCCGGAGAUCGAAGCCAGGGCGACGGAUAGGAACGUCCUCAUCCGCGUCCACUGCGAGAAGAAGAAGGGGGUUCUUGUGAAGGCGCUGGCAGAGAUCGAGAGGCUUGACCUGACCGUCCUCAACUCGAGCCUCGUGUCCUUCGCUGACACAGCAGUCGACCUCACCAUUGUCGCACAGAUGGAAGAGGAGUUCCGGAUGCCGGUGAAGGACCUGGUGAAAGCAUUGCGGACGGCUUUGGCGGAGUUCGCCUAGGCAAGUCAGUGGUAGUGGUACAAAGAACAACCGCCAUUCAUAUAGCUUAGUUUUAGCCUUUCAGCGUUUCUAGUUUCUGCUUUUUAACCACAGCUCCGUGAGGGAAGCCUGUACAUCUUCCGACGCUGUUUGCCAUCAUCAGUAUUUCUGUGUUUGGCCACACUGUUCCCCUUUUUAGAAGGGUUUUUGUCCUGCACUGGUUUUUGCAUGGCUUUCUGCAUCAGAAGCCAUGUUCUCUCUAAGCUUCACGUUCGAUGUAUACGUGGCUCGUCGCUUUUCCCCUUUUUUUUUACUUCAUCUUUGAUGUACUUUUGAUGGUCAGUCUUCUCUUCCCGGAGUUUGGUUUCUGCAUUGUUGUUCUCUGCUUCUUAUCUUUUUCAGCGUUGUAAUUCAUGAAAGAUCUGUAUCAGUUGGAAGUUUUUCUGUUUCUGUAAAAUGGGAAUAACAAGGCAUCAAUUAUAGUCUUUUUC